AUGUCCACUCUGAAGCAGUACAAGCAGCACUUGCAAAAUACAAAGAGAGAAAAAUGCCCAUGCCUUCAAAAAGACGGUCUGUUCUUGUGCACUCUUCAGUAGAAACGUACACACCUCCAGACACAUCGUCAGCAUCAGAAGAUGAGGGCUCGUUACGUCGGCAAGGGCGGAUCACCUCCACUCCGUUCCAGAGCCAUUCCAACGUAGAGCCCUGGCUUAACCGGGUUAUUCAGGGCUCCUCCACCUCAUCCUCUGCAUCUUCCACCUCAUCUCAUCCAGGAGGGAAACCUGCUGCUGCUUCCAAUACUGCUACUGCCACCGCUGCUGCCACUGUGCUUGCAGAUCUCAUGGCACACACCCAGCUAGAUAACCACUCUGCACCUCCAGAUGUAACCACUGGCCUGGUGGAACAUUUACAUCAUGAGCGUCCACAGGUAGCAUCAGUACGAGGAGUUCCCAGAGGCUACAACAGCAGCAUUUUGGAAACUGCAGAUGGUGUACCAGUGAAUAGCAGAGUGUCCUCUAAAAUCCAGCAGCUUCUAAAUACCUUGAAAAGACCAAAGCGUCCACCUUUGAAAGAGUUUUUUGUUGAUGAUUUUGAAGAACUGCUAGAAGUGCAACAGCCUGACCCAAAUCAACCAAAGCCUGAAGGAAAUCAAAUGAAUGUACUUAAAGGUGAACCCUUAGGCGUGGUAACCAACUGGCCACCUUCUCUGCUGGCGGCCCUGCAGCGCUGGGGAACUACCCAGCCGAAAGCCCCUUGUCUGACAGCAUUGGAUACAACUGGGAAAGCUACUUACACGCUUACCUAUG